AAUAUUUUUUAUAUUUUACAUUUGGUCUAUAUAUAUAUACUUGAAAAUGUAUACACCUAAUUGCAAAAAUAUGAAGGGAUAUGUACAUGGAUUUUGUGAUAUGUAUGGAAAUGUAUCGGAAUCGGGGCCAGUUUUACUGGAUUAUGACAAAGAUUAUAUUCCACGUGAUAUUUCUAGUAUAACGCGAGUAGCACUGCCAUCACCACCUAGAGAUGAUCGAUCUAAUUAUAAGAUGCAAACAUGUCGUCAGGAUUCUAUGCAGACACCAGAAAAUGUAUUUACAGGACGUACAACAGAUCCGUUAUCUGCAACAUCGAAAAAUAAAAGUAUUAAACAUACACCAACCUUAUGUUCAGAUGCAUCCAAUAUAUAUUGUUCUCAUAUGAAGCCUAGUUCAAUAGAUUCGUAUCCUAUGCUUUAUGGGAAUCAAGAUAUAUAUUCAUAUUCGAAAUCGAUUACAUCUCAAUCAGAAACAAAUUCAUCUUUGCCUAUAUCGGAUACAUUUGAUUAUUUACAUUGCUUGCCUACACCUACGACAUUAGGAUCUACGUCAUGGGCAUAUCCAGAAUAUGCGUAUGAUAAAUCUCCUGUUUGUUCGGAAUUUCCUAUGCAGCAUAUGAUGUUUCCGGAAUAUCCUGGCUUAAUUUCUAAUUAUAAUGAUCCCAAUAUGAUAGAUUGUUCUACAUUUACUGAUAAGGAUUAUGAAUAUACGACGUAUAAAAUGCCGAUGCCAAAUAUUUUUACAUCCGAUUUGAUGAAAGUUUAUAAUGACAGCCCUUUGACUCCAUCUAAUGUUCAUAAUAUGACAAGUCAAUCUUGUGGCAAUGCGUCUUCGUCAUUUCAUAUGCAACCAGAGAUGUUUGGUUCAACACAGUAUAACUCAUCCUUAAAUAGUCCAAUGGAGUUACCACAUUUAACAAAUAUUCAAUAUGAUCAUUCUUUACGUCCUCAAUAUAAAAAACAUAAUACAGAUCUUUGUUUCAAUCGAGUUGUUGAUAAGGGAAGUUACACUUCUGAUAGACAGCCUCCUGAUCUUAAUGAUCAACGUAAUAAAUGUUUUAAAGUGGAUGCUAAUAAUGUUUUGUUGCAUUCGAUUAAGAAAACGAAUGAUUCAUUAGCUGUAAGACGAGGCAAGCCUAUUAGCUCGUUGAUUAAGUCCUAUAUUCCUUUAUCUGAAUCGAUAUUGCAAUGUAUUGUUAAUGAUUAUAUUUCUCUUGGUCCUUCAGGCUAUCAAAAACAUAGAUAUUCGAUUGUAAUAUAUACAAGUAAAGUAGCACAGAAAAGUUAUGGUACUGAGAAAAGAUAUCUUUGUCCUCCUCCAUGCCUUCGUCUUCUUGGUUCCAAAUGGUUUGAAGGUUGCUUAACCGAUAUCCCUUUAAAUUCUUAUCCGGGAACUACUCAAAAAGAAAAUACCUAUGGGACGAAUAUAUUUGGAAUGUAUUCGUUUAUGGACAUUUAUGCAACUUCAUUAUUGUUAGAUGUAGAAGAAAGUUUUAAUAUUUCAUCCAUGGAUUGUUAUUGUAGUGAUGGUACUAUUUUUAAGCCGGGUCCUAGUAAAACAACUCCUGUUUGGGGAAAAAUUAACCUUAGAUCUAUGUAUAUUCCUGAUAGGAAGGAAAAAAUACGUUCUACAUGCCUAAAAGUACAAUUACAUAAAAAGAAUAAGGAAUUUAAUUUUGUUCAAUUUCAAUCUUCCCCAAUAUGUAUAAUAUCAAAGGCUUCUCAAAAAAAGACUAGUAGCAAGAAUAAUGAUAUGUUGAUUUAUCAUGGAAGCAUGAUUGCUUUGUUUAAUCGAUCUAAGGCUCAAACGAAUCGUAUUCGAUUUCUUGGAACAUCUUGCUCAAAUUCUUCUGUAACUAAUAGUGUUUUAUCAGGGUUGGGGAAUCCUCAAUUGGAAAUGGGUUCUGAGAAUAUCAUUCUAACUGCAACUUCCCAAGCUUGGGAACCUUUUCUGAUUUGGUCUCUGGAUUUGUUUCUUAAUCCAGAUGUUUGUGAAACUAUAGAUCAAAGUAUGACUUUGAUUCGCUUUAAUCAAGUUGUUAUUUUGCAAUGUUCAACGACAGGAUUGAUAACUGUUCCUUUAAUUAUUCGUCGAGUUGAUGGCCGAAAUACAGUUAUUAAAGGGCAAGAAAACUCAAAAAAUGAUCAUAAAAAUAUUUAUGACCUUGAUGAACCUGUUAAUUCUCUACAAAAAGUAGCGUUUCAAGUCUAUAUUGAAAACUCCAAUUUACCAGAUAUAUAUCUUACAUACCAAGAUGAGAAUAUUAUUAUGCAGACUGCACGAUAUGUAGACAAAGAAGCAGAUGUAAAGCUUUCUGAUUAUGAUAAAACGUCUGAUACUUUUCUUUCUUCAAGAGAUUUAUUAGAUAAUUUAUAUAAUAAAUUAUUUUCAUAUCACGAUUUUAUACAAAAGUACGGUUGUCAUCAAACUAGUGGCAUAAAUAAUACCACAAUUCAAAAUUCUUCGUAUAAAAUUAGAUUUUUCGUCCCGAGAUCCAUUCCUCUUCAAAACUUACCUAUUGAUAAAACUGGGUCAAAUCCUUUAGAAAAUAAUUCUGAGAAUACCGAAAAUGUAACAGAGAAUGCUAUAUGGAAUAUUGUAGGAAUUUCAUCUGUCGAAUCUUCUUUUUAUAUAUCUCCAAAGUCUAAUGCUACUACUGUUGGUCUUGUACCUGUUAUUAAAGAAGUUAAAUAUCUUUCCGUAAAUAUUAUUCAAAUUAUUGGUCAAAAUAUUAAUCAAUCUUACACUGUAUGGAUUGACGGAAAGCUAUGUAAAACAUUCCGGUUCUCUACUUUUUUCGCUGAAGACAGCUCUAUGUUUAUCGAUUUACAAUGUAUUUUGCAUCCUCAAAUUAUGCCACAAGACCCUAAUCAUAUAUUGUUGGUUCGAGAUGAUGGUGUUGUUUUUGAUUCGAAAAGACAUAUAUAGUCGAUUUUUGGAAUAAAUCUUUCAUUAAUUUCUCCUAUCA